UUGAUUUUCUAACGCCCUAAAUUCACAGGGACUAUAAACAUUCCAUUACGAUUCGUAUGAGUCGUCAUGUCUUAUGGCGAGGCGUGUCCUGAAGGGUUUGCAUGGAUUUAAAUGCAGACAUUUGUUUUUUCUUCUGACGCACAAUUAAUUACAUUAUCAUCGAAAAAGUUUGAACUAAGAGAAUAAAGGAAUAAUAAUGAAUUAUGGAAAGAGAUCGCCAAGUAUGGGAACGCCCUCGGUAUAUUCCCACGUUACGUCCAGAAGUAGCGCGAAUCUCAGAUCUUCCAGAUCUGUGCGUAGCGUUAAAAUACCUUGGUAUCAAAAGCCAAUAUUAAAGCACGCUUACAUAUUAGAUAUUCAAAGGGGAGCUAUGCUCAUAGCCGUAUUUUCAUUGUGUUUGUCAUUUUUCACCAUAUGUACCGCAAUAUUUGAUAUCUAUUGUCUUUCGCAAGCUACGCCUGGUUCCACUCAUUAUGGAUAUUACAUCAUAUCGUAUGAAUUUGUUUAUAUUGGCAAUCAACACGUUCGUAAUGCUCUUAUAGUUUUUGCAUUAUUCUCCAUGAUGGGCGGAGUAGUUGUUUUUAUUACUUCAUUGAUGCUUAUUACUGCAUUACGUAAGGAAUACGAAAAGAGAAUGAUACCAUGGUUGUACAGUUUCGCCGCAUUUACCAUAUUCCGUCUCUUUGCUUUCCUCUUCUUUAGUAUCGUCAACGAUUUGAUAUUUGCAUACAAUAUCAUGAUAUGUUUAUUGUGGAUAUUAUUUAUUUCAUUUUCCGUCUACGGAUGGUUAAUCGUAUAUUCCCUGUAUAUCGAACUAAGCGACCUCACUAGAUUAGAAGAUUUAGCGCACUUGAGGAUCGGUACUAUGCAAUCUCUAAACGCAUCGACGACACAUUCUAUCGCUGGUUCUAGACCUACAACACCGCAUAGCACGGUGUCGACAAUGCCGGUCAAUUGAUAUCGGUGUCGUAUUAUUAAUGGAAAGAGAGAAGUCGUAUGCUUUUGACCGAAUGCACCUUUCGUGCAUUCACAUUCUCACUCGAGAAGCUCAAUUCCGUCCAAAUAUAUAUGAUAUAUCUAUAUACAUACAUACAUACAUACAUACAUACAUACAUACAUACAUACAUAUGUUUACACAGAGAGAGAGCAUCGUAUUGAAGUGUACAAGUAGUUAGUAUUAGAGUGCCGAUGACGAUAUCAAAAUAAUAUCUUAAAGUAUGUAUUACACAUUAAACAGUUGUAUUUUGACAGAUUUUUAUAAAUACGUUUGUAUAUUUACAAAAUUUCUACGUAUUACCAGAGUGAUAUGAAUAGAUAUGAUUUAUUUCCCCGCUAUUGGACAAUAAUUGCGAGUGGUCAAGAUAGAGUGUUAAAGAUCAUAAGAUCAAAGGAUUUUUAAUAAUUAUGAUAUAUAUAGUUUUUAUUUGUGUUUGUGUAUUUUUGCUUUGGCAUUUUUUAAAAGAAAUAUUUGUAUGGGAAAUUAUAAAUCCUAAAUUGCGCCCAUUAUUCUUGACCAUGUGAAAAGACGCACACAAUCGAUGCACCUGCGUGCUCGAGUUAAGAAAAUAUUUUAUUAAAUAUUUUCCAAAUCGUCCAAGUGCUGCCUAAAAUGAUGAAUGUUUUCAAAACUUGAUGCAUCCAGUACAAUCUAUAACAUAAAAAAAA